UACAUUUCAUUAUUCUUUCUUCUUGGUUGUUGAUAUGAAUUUUGAAGGUGAAAAGAUGCCAAUUCUUGCAGGCGAUGAGAUGCUGGAAGCACAAGCCCACAUAUGGAACCACCUCUUCAACUUCAUCAACUCCAUGACUCUCAAAUGUGCGGUUGAACUAGGCAUACCAGACACCAUCCACCGCCAUGCCCCUCACCCAAUGCCCCUUUCUCAUCUUGUUUCAGCCCUCCAACUCCAUUCUAAUAAGACCCAAUUCAUAUAUCGUUUAAUGCGUCUAUUGACUCACUCCGGCUUCUUUGUGGUUCAAAAACUGCCCAAAAAUAAUGGCAAACAAGAAGAAGAAGAAGAAGAUGGAUAUGUCCUAACCAAUUCAUCCCGUCUUCUUCUUAAACACAACCCUUGCGCUGUAACUCCUUUCUUGCUUUCCAUGCUCCAACCAGCGCUCGUGGAACCAUGGCAGCUCCUCUCAAUCUGGUUCCAAAGUGAAGACCGAACGCCAUUCCAUACGGCUCAUGGGAUGCCGUUUUGGGAGUUCUUGGGGAAUAAGGUGAAAGAUGGGGAGGGUUUCAAUGAAGGCAUGGCGAGUGAUGCGAGGUUGGUGAUGAGUGUGUUAUUGGACAAACAUAAAGGAGUCUUUGAUGGAGUUGCCUCGCUAGUUGAUGUCGGUGGCGGCACUGGAACUGUGGCCAAAGCCAUUGCAGAGGCUUUCCCACAAAUUGAAUGCACAGUGUUUGAUCUUCCCCAAGUGGUGGGUGAGUUGAAAGGUGAAGGGAACUUAAAAUAUGUUGAAGGAGAUAUGUUUAAAGCUAUUCCUCCUGCUGAUGUGCUUGUGUUGAAGUGGAUAUUACAUGAUUGGAAUGACGAUGAAUGUGCGAAGAUAUUGAAGAAAUGCAAAGAAGCAAUCAGAAGCAAUGGAAAGAAAGGGAAGGUGAUAGUAAUUGAUAUGGUGGUAGGCAACAACAAAAGGGAUGAUACGUUCAUUCAAUCUCAGUUGUUCUUCGACAUGUUGAUGAUGGGUUUGGUAAGUGGCAAAGAGAGAGAUGAGAAGGAGUGGAGUGAAUUGUUCAAGGAAGCUGGAUUUGGUGGCUACAAGAUCUUUCCCAUAUUGGGUUCGAGGUCUCUUAUAGAAAUUUACCCAUGAGACUAUCUUCCAUUUAGUGAUGUUUCAUUUUAUGAUUUACUACAAAAAUGGUGUUUUAAGGAUAUUAUGUAACGUUUAUGUAAUCCCUUCCUAGUGCUUUUCGAUUACCCUUUUCUGUUAUUAGGAGGCUUGGGCACCUCUCUAUGAAUGUUAUUUCUACGACCCAUGAUCCAUUGCUUCAAAA